CUAAAGUCUCAAUAGUCUUUCCGUAUCAUUGUUUCUUGUUGGUCAAUCGCUCAGAAAAUCAGAAAAGCACUGUCCUCAUAAUUCGACGACACCCCAUUGCAGUAUUCACCGACAAAGGAAUUCAGCGACACUAUGUAAGUUUCGACGAUGUUGUUAAUUUGGUGUUAUGACGUUGCGUUUGAAUGAUCUUUUCGUCUACUUUCUUUUUCGUUCCUUCUGCUUUUUCUUCGAUAUCUGAUUCCUUCACUGCCCCAUGAUUUCGACAGGUUUUCAAAGCUUUUUGGAGGCUGCCUCCCACGACGAAAUGGGAGGGGAGGCACGGAUAUGGUGAUAAAUACCAGUCAUGUGGAUCCGAAGUUCAACUACAAAGAUGACGUGAAGGCGAAGAAGGAUUUCGACGAAGCACCAGUAACUGUCGAAAAGGACAAAGAAGAAGCAGAAAACAMCGAGAGCUCUUUUCUUUCGUCUUCUAAUGAAAGUAAGAAUGAUGCAAGAUUGGAGCCUGAACAAGUUGGAGGGCCCGAGGUGAAAGAACCCACGUCGUCGUCGGAAGAGACAUCGAAGACUGAWGAAGCAUCUUCCCCCACAAAUGAGGAAUUUGGGAGGARCAAUGAAUAUGAAGCAGAUGUUACGGAUGUACAAGAUGAUGAAUACCCGUGGCAGGUCGCUUGUUGCGGAAUUGAUGUCCCUAUGGGAAAGUAACUGGUCUGAAGUAAUUUGUACCCACGAUUGUUGCACACCAAKGCUCGAAAACCCACCCAUGAGCAUUUUCCAGGUCUAAAAUAAUUUCAUCCUGUUAUU